UUUAUUUCAAACGAUGUCUGGUGCUGACGAUCAUUUUGAUGGACUUUUGGAUCUUAAACUUGACCGAGUUUUAUCUAUGGAAACUGACCACAAAUUUACUUCUAAUGGAAUGAUUUCUCGUUUUAAUUGGGUUCUGGGUGCUUUUAAACAUAAUAUUUUGAAUGAAGAACACUUACCUAAGCCGACUUUAUUGAUUUAUGCUCAUUGUAAUGAACGAGGCAAAAGACUUGAUGGAUGGAGUUGUACUUCUCGUAUAAGGUUUGUUGUCGAAUCUGAGCGUAAAUCUCAACAAUACUUUUUUGACAAUGCUCGCUUUCCAAUGACUUCUUAUCGUGCUGUUCCUCCUCCAUCUAGUUCUGGUUGCUUGGCAAAUGGCACUAUUGGAAUUGAACUUCCUUGGGAUAACUUAAUUCAGGAUUUUCAGCUCUCUGGCGAUAAGGAUUGGUUGAAUAUUUCUGUGAAAAUUAAUGUUUUGGAACAAACCGGUUAUGGCUCACUCAUCCAAUUAGGUGCUCGAUUUCGUAUUCACGACAAAAUAAUUUUCUUCAAUAAAUAUCAUUUGGCUACCUAUUCUUCUUAUUUUCGGACUUUAUUUUUUUCUAAUUGGGCACAAAGAGAUGUUGAUGAAUACGAUCUCACAGCUUCUGGUGAUGAUCUCGAAGCGUUUCAACAAAUGCUGGCAAUGUCUUAUCCUGUUGAUAAUUUUCCUGAACCUUCAGUUUCAAAAAUCUCUGAUAUUCUUCGUUUGGCUGAUAAAUAUGAUCUUCCAAUUGUUACUGAAAGAUGUGAAAGAUUGCUGAUUAAUGGUUUUUCUGGCGAUGAUGGAAAUGCUUUGCCUUGUUCUUCAAAUAAUGCAAAUAAUGUGUGUAAUUCCUGCAAUUACAUACCUAUGGUUAUUUCAUCCAAUCUUAUCAAUCUUGGAAAUAUUGGACAAAAUAACAACAAUAACCACACUCAACUUCACACUCAUAGUUACCAACAUAAUCAUUCCCAUUCAAAUCAAAAUAACAAUCUUGAACAACAUUUCUCUUUAAUUCAAAAAUUGGCAUUAGCUGAACGUUAUCAACUUUACAAUUUAAAAACUCAUUGCCUUGAUAAAAUGAGCCCUGCACAUUUCUGUGCUGAACUUAGAGCGAAUAUUGAAGUUUAUAAUCGAGAAUUGAGUGAAGGACUUAAAGCUGAAUUGGAUGAGAAAAUGUCGGCUAAAUGUACGGAGGAAUUGACAACAUUUCAACAACGACAGGAAAAUGCCCAAAAUGAGGGGCAUCUUCCACCGCCUCACAAACGUGUUCGUCCGCGUCCGAAAACUCCGCCGCGUCCAAAUUAUAAUUUGCCGCCGUUUCGAUUCAAGUGA